GACGUUCGGCGAUACCUGAUUGGAUGACGACAUUCAGUCUUCAUGUUUAGGUAUCGUGGACCAGAGUCGACAUCGUCUCGCUUCGGCGGUGGCUGGAGCGGGGGUGGAGUCGGAGGGCCCGCUCGCAGGACGCAGGCCGCUCCGUUGCUGGCAGAAAGCCUGCCCAGCAUUAUAAGUCGGAGGCGGAGGAGCUUGGCCGGGACUCUCAACCACAAAGCCCAUCAUAGGCCGAGAUGGCAGACUUGCGCUAGACUAUUGCCGUGCAAACCUCCAGCUCUGUCGAUGGAGGUACAUCAUGGCUUGCAUUCGAGUGCGGGGAGAGGACCUUCUCUGCCAACAAGCUGUCUCGGAUGCCGUUGACGCUCCAGACAAGUUUUCGCAGACCUCCAGCAAUUGCCUGUUGCGCAGAGUUAUUCCCAAACAGGGGGGUGAGGCGCUGAACGCCAGAGCCUAGAACGUCGUCGGAGAACACAAAAUGUUGCAUCCGGAUCAUCAAGGACGAUGGGCCGGGGCGAAUCAAGCAGACGCCGGUUGUGCCGACGUAGCAC